AUUUUAUCAAAAUGUACUAUUUAAAGAUUUUGAAAAUAAAUAAAAAUUUGAAUCUUCAAUCGCAAAUCUUAUUAAUAAAAUCAAUUAAUCUCGUUAAUUUAAUCAAAAAAUAAUUGUUCUAUGACAUACAAAUCUAUUUAACGAUAUAAUUAUAGUUCCUUCAUUUCGUAAUGUAGGCAUCAUUUUGUCAGUAUAGCUGAUAUAGAAUGGCUUACAGAGUCCAAAUUUUGAUUAUAAUCUUCUACUUUAUUGUGAGCUGUAGAACAAACCCAGGAAUGAAUUGGGAAAAAGCUACUCUGCUUCUUGAUAAAAUACUGAUAAAUUACCAAAAUGGAGUAGUUCCUAUUUUUGAAAAUAAAGCAGUUGAAAUUAAGACAAGUAUUGUGAUGAACAAUAUGUUGCCUUUAGAAGACACUCCACAGCAUUUCAGCUUAGACUUCACACUUCGCAUGGUUUGGAAUGACAAAAGACUUGUUUUUAAUGAAGUUAAUCAUGAUGUUUAUAUUCCCUUGUAUGCAGAGCUAUCAAAAAGAAUAUGGAUUCCAAGUAUUUAUUUUCCACUUGGCAAAAAGGGAACAUUCCAUGAUCUUCUUGCACGCAAUGUUUUUGUUUUCAUUUAUGGAAAUGGAACAGUCAAGUUUACUCAAAGAUUAAGAAUCUUAUCGUUUUGUCCAAUGAACUUUAAUUUUUACCCAUUUGAUAUUCAAGAAUGCAAUUUUAAAUUAUCUACUUUUCCUAAAUCAUCAGACUAUGUGCGUUUGAAUUGGAGUGAUGUUCCAAUAGAAGGUAGCAAAAAAAACCUGCACAUACCAGAUUACAAUGAGGUUAAAAUUACUACGAAUAGCACAACAGAAGCUGGAGAUUUUGAUAUGACAUAUGACGUCUUGGUGGUUACAUUUAUAUUACAUCGAGAUUUCUCUGCACAUUUUAUUCAGUCUUAUUUUCCCUGUAUUCUCAUAGUUGGAUUAAGCUGGGUGUCUUUUUUUGUAAAUUAUAAAGCAAUUCCUGGUCGUGUAUCAUUUGGCAUCAAUACAUUUUUAGCAAUAGUCUAUAUGACAAAUAGUAUUCGAUUGACAGCACCGAUUUCCAAAAACCUGCGUAGUCUUGAUUACUAUAUGCUGUUUUGUAUGAUUUUUGUAUUUGGAGUUUUAUUUGAGUAUGCUCUUGUUGGUAUCACUGAUCCAGAUUUUUCUUUAUCUUGGAGGAUUAAAAAAAAGAAGAAUUUAGAUGUUAGUGGAGCUUCGGAAUCUUCUUGUGAAAAAAAAGUGACUUUUGGACCAAUUGUUUUUAAUACCGGUGAUCAACACGUGAUUGAUAAUUGUUCUAAAAUUGUUUUUCCUUUGGCUUUUUUAUUUUUCAAUGUACUUUACUUUGUUUAUCACAAUGUUCAUCCUGAAACUGUAAAGAGGUUUACAGCCUGGUAAUAUGUGCUUUAAAAUUUAAUAUUUGAACAAUACUUUAUAAAAAAAACUUUAAAAAAGUGUAAAUUA